UGUGUGUGUGUGUGUGAGUGUGUGUGUGUGUGUUUUUUAUGGUGAUCCAAUGGCCGAGACAACGCCGGAGACUCGCCCGUUUAAAGACUCUCCGUUCUCCAUCAAAAAUCUUCUGAACUGCGAAAGCAAACCCACUCUGAUCAAACCCAAAGCCAUGAUGAACUCCACCAGAGGACUGCUGGAGCACGGCUUCUCUCUGGCGCGCGCAGGGGACUUGAGUUUUCCCCGGUUUGAGUUGCCGGUGCAGAGGUUCGGAUUAGCGGCUCACUGGUGGUACCCGUACGGACACUUACACAGAACUGCAGUGUCGGAGAGGCCGGUGGUUAGAGACUUGUCCCCAGCGUCUGGUACAGACAGAGACUCACCGGAGCCGCGGCUCGCGUUAGACCCGGACGCCAAAGAGGACGAGGAGAGCAAAAGCGUGGACGAGAUCCUGCUGGAGGAGAGCGACACGGACGAGCCGAAGCGCGACGACGCGCCGGAAGCGGCGGGCGCGGCGGCGGAGAGCGCGGACAAGCGACCGCCGUGCCGCAAGAAGAAGACGCGCACGGUGUUCUCGCGCAGCCAGGUGUUCCAGCUCGAGUCCACGUUUGACGCCAAGCGGUACCUGAGCAGCGCCGAGCGCGCGUGCCUGGCCUCCAGCCUGCAGCUCACCGAGACCCAGGUGAAGAUCUGGUUCCAGAACCGGCGCAAUAAGUGGAAGCGGCAGCUGGCGGCAGAGCUCGAGGCGGCCAGUCUGAGUCACACGGCCGCGCGCCGCAUGGUCCCGGUCCCAGUGCUCUACCGCGAGGGCUCGGCCGGAGACACCGCGAGCGCCGCGUCCGGCCACGCCACAGCCGCACAGCCUCUCCUCACCUUCCCACAUCCGGUCUAUUACCCACAUCCGGUGGUCGCCGCCGUGCCGCUGCUCAGACCCGUAUGAACUCCUGCGCUCCUCACCUACCACCCACUGCCUACAUUAAUGAACACUUUAUAACGCGGCACCGUCAUCUAAUGUUUCUAAUGAUAUAUCAUAAAGAAAUGAGGGACGGGGAAACAAACUCUUGUAUUGCUGAAUUUUAAAAA